AUGUCAAAAUCCAUAAAACAGUAUCUACUCACAAUAGAUCAUGAUCAUUAUUAUGUGGAAACAGUAUUAGAAGGGUCAGCGUACAAAUCAUUUAAUCUACUUAUCGAAGAUUCAACUCCGCUUUCUGUUGAUAGGAAGCUGCAAUUUGUCCCACUCAAGGACACAGCGCAACUGAUUGUCAUUGAUUCCAUUCAUUCAGGUGGUGGUAGAACUUCAGAUAAUGACUUCUAUCGUAAUGUCAUGGAACCAAUCUUUAUUAAACUGAAUCUGACACAUUUGCUCGUUAAGACUACAUCGAAAGAUUCUGUUGAAAACUUUGCCUCCAAAUUAGAUCUUACCAAGCAUUAUGAAAUAUUCUUCCUGUCAGGUGACACUACUAUUUCAGAGUUUAUUAAUGGUUUACCCAAACAGUCUCUCGACGUCAAUGAUGCCAAAAAUUCCUUGUCAAUUUUGCCAUUCCCCUUUGGAACAGGGAACGCAUUAGCAAAUUCAUUGGGAUUAACGUGUCCCACAACCAUUUUCAGUAAUUACCUAACAAGUAACUACUCAAUUAACAAUUUUCCCUUGUAUAAAGCUAUUUUCCCCAAUGGAAAUGAGAUAGUCUUCUUUGUCAUCUUAUCAUUGGGAUUCCAUGCAAACUUGUUACAUUGUUGUGAGGCCCCACACUAUAAAAAGUUGGGUGUGGAGAGGUUUAGGAUCGCAAGUGAAGAUAUACUUGCAAAUUAUGAUUUGGAUUUGAAUAUCUCCAUCGAGUCUCCUCGGGGAUUAUCGCCAAUUGUUCCUAGUAGAGAAUAUUCCUAUUUUGUUGUAGUUAACACUCCCAAAUUGGAAGCAAAAUACAUACCAUCUCCUCAAUCGAAUCCAUUGAGAUCACAAUUACACAUCAUAGCUUAUUCAAGCUCACUACCAAAAGAUGAAUUAAUGGCAAGGAUCUUGAAAGGUUAUGAGAAUAAUAUUGGAGACGUAGUGAAUAAUACAGGCGUGACAUAUUUGCCCAUUGAAGAUAAUUUCAUUAUAAAACUAAAUUAUUCUCAAGAGUAUUCACCAUCGUCUAAGUUCCAGUUAUGUUGCGAUGGUUUGUUGUUCAAUCUGAACGACUUUAUACAUAAGAAUGAUAAUGGUCCCUGUAAGAAUAACGAAAUUUUAAUUGAAUUUCUCUCCACAUAUUCUCCUUUCCAAUUAUCUCUGAUGUCCUGA